CCUGAUUUAUAGUCAUGCUCAUGUAGGAAUAUUUGUACACACCAGUGCCCGCCAGAGGCUACCAUUCUUUGAAACAAACGAUAUCUAUUUUAAGGAUGUCUUUAGAUGAAAGUACCACGAUGUCUGUUGUAAAACAAGAGUAUGUUAGUUUUGGAGGAGACCAUAAGUAUAACGAUGAGAAUGUAUGUAGUUUGUUAAGCGAAUGCGAGGAAGAUACGCCGAGAGUAAUACACUAUGAUAGCAAGAUUGACGUUGGUAACGAUGUUGUCUCGAUAAAGACUGAACUCAUCAAUCAAAACAGCGAACAUAUGGCAGAGAAAUUCAAAUAUGAAAACAACGUCCAGAACCACGAAAAUAAUGAGGAUACUUAUGACAAAGACGGACUUGAAACGUACGAGGAGUAUCGAAACGAUGAAAGUUACCAUGAGGAUGACGAGGAAAGCCAUUACGGAAGUGACGUCACCGAUCAAAAUUCGGAGGAAGAUGACUCCAACAUGUCUAAGUCUAAGUAUCAAUGCAAUUUUUGUUCACGACAAUUUCGAGACGGAAGAUAUUUAGAACUACACCUAGCCUCGCACACUGGUGAAAAGAAACAUAUCUGUAAAUAUUGCAAUAAAGGGUUUAGCACACAAUACAGUAUUCUGGCACACAUGUCCCGAUAUCAUCCCGAGGAAGGACUAUCUAGAUAUGCAUGUGAUAAAUGUGAUAAGAAUUUUUAUUACCAAUUUCAGUUAACAAGCCAUGCCAAAACUCACCUUGGACUGAAACCCUACAAAUGUAAACUUUGUGCAAAAAGCUUUAGUCAGUCGACAGGAUUGAAACAACAUAUGAGUCAACACACGGGUGAAGGUAUUUUUACAUGCGAAUUUUGUCAAAAAACUUAUGGAAGCAACCAGGCAUUACAAUCUCAUACGAAUACUCAUACUCGUAACACUGAAUACAAGUGCGAAAUCUGCAAUGCAAUUUUCUAUGUGCGUGGGAAUCUGACGAAGCACAAAUCAACUCAUUCUGAAAACCGACCAUGGAAGUGUUCGAUAUGCGGCAAAGGGUUUAAACAAAGUUCCUCCAUGCAUACACAUUUGGAAACGCAUAAACCAAAGGCGGAAAGAAAACCAAAAAAGGUUAUAACAAAAGAUUUCAAAUGUGAUGUUUGUCAUAAAGAAUACUCAUGUUUGUCCGCGUUAUUAACCCACGAGAAAAUUCAUAAUGGCGAAUUAUACCGAUGUGAUGUGUGUGAGAAGGUGUUUGUACAACAGAUUGCUUUAGAUAUCCACAUGAGACGGCAUACUGGUGACAUGACACAUAAUUGUGAAGUAUGUGGGCGGAGCUUUGGUUGCCAUGACUACUUGAGACGUCACAUGAGAAUUCACACUGGAGAGAAACGCUACAGUUGUGACGUAUGUGGUGCAUGUUUUACCCAAGCAGCAGCGAGAAACAGACAUAAACGUAUACACACUGGUGAGAAACCGUAUAAAUGUGAAGUGUGUGAUCGUGCUUACGUUGACAAGCAUUCUAUGUUAAAACAUGCCAGAAUCCACUGGGAAAAUGUAGAUCUAAAAUCUUUUAAGUGUGAAAUCUGCAAGAAAGGAUUUACCUCAAGAUUUGGUUUGAAUUGUCAUUUGAAAUCUGUACACGACGGGACUAAAGACCAGAAAUGCGAAAUUUGUGGAAAAACAUUUGCACUAAGAUGUUUUCUUAUGCGUCACAUGAAAACACACAACAAGGAAAACAAACAGAAGAAAAGGAAACGAAGUGAAAAUGAUAGAUAAGAAUAUGGACUAACUAUGUAUAUCAUUAUAACUAAAUUUCAACGUCUAGCGUCAAUUAUCAUAGUAACACUUAUCUUGUCCUUUACUUCGUCAACUUUAAAUGCAAAAUGGACCAUUUGUUAGCAAUUACUGA